UUACCUGCCUUUUAUAUACAAGUAAAGCCUACAAAACCAAAAAGUCUCCGUCAAACUUGUAGCAAUUAAUUUACAAGCAACUUCAGCAUAUUCAUUUGCUUACACAUCUUAAAAGCUUUCCAAAGAUGUUUAGAUUCUCCGAGAAAAAUGACUUUUAUGGGCCUCGAUGUGUGUGGGUCAACGGGCCAGUUAUAGUAGGAGCUGGCCCCUCAGGGCUAGCUAUCUCGGCUUGCCUUAAGGACCAAGGGAUUCCAUUUGUAGUCAUCGAAAGAUCUGACUGCAUUGCCUCCCUUUGGCAAAAACGUACUUAUGACCGCCUUAAACUCCACCUCCCAAAAAAGUUCUGUCAGCUACCAAAAGUACCAUUCCCCGCGGAAUACCCUGAAUACCCAACCAAAAAACAAUUUAUCGCUUAUCUCGAGGACUAUGCAAAAAAAUUCGAGAUAAAGCCACAGUUCAACGAGUGUGUCCAGUCAGCGAAAUAUGAUGAAGCAUGUAAGCUUUGGCGUGUCAAAACCACAUCAACGGUCGGAUCUAUUCGGUCUGAGACCGAAUAUAUCUGCCAGAUGCUUGUGGUCGCCACAGGGGAAAAUGCCGAAGGAGUAAUGCCUGAAAUCCAAGGCCUGAAAGAAUUCUCCGGGGAAGUAAUCCAUGCAAAAGAUUACAAAUCCGGUGCCAAAUACCAAGGAAAGAACGUUUUGGUCGUCGGUUGUGGAAAUUCUGGCAUGGAAGUCUCUCUUGAUCUCUCUAACCACAAUGCAAAGCCAUCGAUGGUUGUUCGUAGCUCGGUUCAUGUUUUGCCAAGAGAAAUGUUUGGAAAAUCGACAUUCGAUUUGGCAAUGAUGUUGAUGGCAUGGCUACCUCUAUGGAUAGUGGACAAGCUUAUGUUGAUCUUCUCAUGGUUCAUAAUAGGAGACAUUCAACGUUACGGGAUAAAAAGACCAUCUUUAGGUCCUCUAACACUAAAAAAUGUGCAUGGAAAGACCCCGGUUCUUGACAUUGGAGCACUUGAAAAAAUCCGGUCUGGUGACAUAACUGUUGUGCCCGGGAUCAAAAGAUUCACUGGUAAAACAGUCGAAUUAGUCAACGACGAUUCUCUCAAUAUCGAUGCAGUCAUUUUGGCCACCGGAUAUUUCAGCAAUGUCCCAUUUUGGCUUCAUGAGAAAGAAUUUUUCGCCGAAAAUGGAUUCCCAAAAACACCAUUUCCUAAUGGAUGGAAAGGAAAAGGAGGAUUAUAUGCAGCUGGAUUCACAAGGAGAGGGUUGGCUGGUGCUUCUGCUGAUGCAGUAAAAAUAUCAAAAGACAUUGGAAAAGAAUGGAAAAAAGAAUUAAAUCAGAAAAAACAAAAGGUUCCAACUCACAGAAGAUGCAUCUCAACUUUCUAAUUUUAGAAAUUGUAACUUAAUUUGUCUCUUUUACUAUUAUUUAUUUUUUUCUACAUAUUAUAUAUACAUGAAUAUACCAUAUCUGAUGUAACCAAAAAAAAAAAAAAAAAAACCAUAUAUAUAGCACACAGAAGGCCAGCCCUCUCCAGAGAGCCCUAACACAAGUUUUUAAGAAUGUUUGGGUAUUUUGCAUAGCGAGGAUGACGAGGCUCCCUCUAUUCUUUUUUUUUUUUUUUU